AGGACGAAUGGCACCCAGUGUGGAUGAAACCACUCCAUUGAUCUCUGAGGAGCAGGUGCAAAUAAGGAAUAGAUGGCUUUACCUUGCUGUGUUUUCUGCUGUUCUGGGCAAUUUCAAUCUUGGGUAUGCUAUGGUGUACCCCUCCCCUGUGAUUCCUCAACUUAGCACAAGUAAUGACCCCCGACUGAAAAUGGACACCCACCAGACAUCUUGGUUUGGUUCAAUAUUUAGCCUUGGAGCAGCUCUAGGGGGUUUAAGUGCCAUGUUGCUGAUUGACAGAGUUGGAAGAAAACUAAGCAUCAUGAUGUCAGCUGUGCCAUCUGCUGUCGGUCUCCUCGUGAUGGGUGCAGCACAAGAAGUCUGGAUGUUAUUACUGGGCAGAUUUCUGACUGGCAUUGCAGGCGGAAUAACUGUUAGCUCCAUUCCUGUUUAUGUUUCUGAGAUAUCACACCCAUCUGUGAGAGGCGCUCUGGGCUCCUGUCCUCAAAUCACAUCUGUCUUUGGAAGUCUGGCCCUAUAUGUUCUUGGCUUAGUUUUGCCGUGGAGGUGGCUGGCUGUGGUUGGGGAAGUUCCAGUUGUGGUCAUGCUUGUCCUCCUUUGCUUCAUGCCCAGCUCCCCACGUUACCUCAUCACACACGAAAAAAAAGAAGAAGCACAUCAAGCACUAAAAUGGCUCAGAGGUCCUAACUCGGACUACUUGAAUGAACUUAAUCAGAUUGAGCACAGUAUUCAAUCUCAGGUUGGAUUUCAAUGGCAUGAACUGAGAAAUCCUUUCUACUACAAGCCAAUCCUGAUAUCCAUCUUCUUGGGAUUCUUCCAGCAGAUCACUGGCGUAUCACCCAUACUGGUGUAUCUGGAGCCAAUUUUUCAGAAAAUGGCCAUUUCACUGGAUCCUAAAUACAGUGCUGCAUUGGUGGGGUUAGUAAGAUUGUUCUCCGUCAGUAUUGCAGCCAGUUUGAUGGAUAAAGCAGGCAGGAAAGCUCUACUCUUCACAUCAGGAUUUCUGAUGUAUUUGUCCAUGCUUUCAAUAACCAUGUACACCCACAAAACACCCUGCCUCACUGUGAACCUCACUAGUGUCCCAGUGGACUUUCUGAAGGGGGCAUAUGGAGCUUCUGUCUUUGACCCCAUUACACUUAUUCCUCUCAUCAGCACUAUGGUCAUCAUAUUUGGAUAUGCUGUGGGUUGGGGUCCAAUUGCAUGGCUGAUGAUGUCAGAGAUUUUACCCCUGGGUGCACGUGGUGUGGUGUCUGGCCUGUCUGUUGUUGUUAGCUGUAUCACUUCCUUUGCACUCACGCAACUCUUUAUGCAAGUGGUGGUGGACUAUGGAUUGUAUGUUCCUUUUCUGUUCUUCUGUAUCGUCUGUGUGGUGGCUAUCAUUUUCACUGCAAAAUGCGUGCCAGAAACAAAGGGCCGAACUCUAGAGGAAAUAGAAAACUAUUUCAGGACUGGUCGUUCCUUCACCAUUAAUGAAGCCUAGAGUUAUCGAAUAACUAAAGUAAUUAUUUACUUUAUGUUUGUAAGUUAAUAUUUGUAUAAUUUUUGCAGCAUGUACAGUAUAUGUAGUAUAUGUCAUCUCACCCCUGCUAAAGGUCGCAUGUCACACAAUGCUGCAGUAAUACACCUUUUACAAUUCAACAUCUGUCCUGGCAUAUUAAAAUAUGUAUAUCUGGACAGUAGACAAUAUGAUAAAUGCUUAAUUCCUUUUUAUACUAGCACAUGAAUAUUUUAAUAUUGUUCUGCAGCAAGCAACAAGUAGCUUGGGGUUAAGGAAUUUUUUAUGUUUAUUAAUUGAUUUGUGAAAUAUGCUAUAUGCGUAUUAUUUAACUAGCACAAGCUUUCAGUAAUCUUUAGUGCAGGAUAAUAAAGUUAUCAUAAAAAUAGCAUAAUUUAUACAUUACUGUGUACCCCUGUAACUUGAGACAUGACUUAAGUAAUUGACAUUAUUGAUACUUGAGUCUGACUUGCAAAACAUGGGAGUACAUUUAUGUUUCCUUAGGUGGCAUCUAAUGGAGGCAUUCUUUAUUCUAAAAGUUAUUUUAGAAUAAAGAGUACUUUAUUGAUCCCUGUGAGAAAAUUAAUCACAAUAACAGACUUCCUUUAUUUUAGUCAGUGGGACUAACAAGGCAAACAAAAGAAAGUAAUGAGAAUAAAAAAUAGUAGAAUAAAACAAAUUCUUUAAGACUAAGAAGCACACCAAUAAUUUUAGCAGAAAACACAAACACACAUGCACGCACGCACACACACACACACAUACAGAGAGAGAGAGAGAGAGAGAGAGAAAGAGAGAAAUUCACAGUCAGCAUUGUAGUGAAAUGAGUAAAUACCACAUAAAUACUGUUAGAAACAUGAUUAGAUUGUUUGUGCAUUAAUCUAAUGGAAUUUUGGUACAAUCUGAUGGCCAAUGAAAGAAAGUAAUUCCUUGUCACUGUGUCAACAGAUUGUAUACAUUUUGUUGCUGGGUGCACCCUCUUGUCUCAUCGCUGUCAUAUAGGGAUGCAUUCUCCAUUACAUAAUUCAGUUUGAUGAGUGUUCUUCUUUCUGCAAUUGUUUACAGUGUCUCAACAGAGAAUCCAAUCAGCCAUCCAGAGAUAAUAAAAUAUUAAAAGACAAAAUACAGUGUAUAAUAAAUUAGAAUGUGGGGCAAUACAGUUGGCUCAUUUUUUAUGUUACAUCUUGAACUGAAGCUGAAAAAGAGAAAACAAAUACUUUAAAUUAUAUUUGUAAAUGUGUGGUUGAAAUACUGUAAAUGGUUUUGGAAAAUUGAAGUAAACAAUCCACAAGCGAUAUUUUAUUUCAUUACUUAUUAAAUAAAUUAAAAUAUGAAUUCACUGAACAAUCACUUGGAGUAGUGGAGUAAUCACUCUGUGAGUCCUUGGAAC